AUGAGUGAAGACCAUGACGGUCAUAUUCCCACACCAGACUACAGCCAUCUCGAUAGCACAGACUUCGAACGGGUCUAUGAGCCUUCCGAAGAUACGUUUAUCCUUCUCGACGCGCUGCAGAGCGAACGUCAUCACCUAGCAACGCAGCGUCCACUCAUAUGUGUGGAAAUAGGCUCUGGAUCUGGCCUAGUGCUUGCCUUUCUAGCACGCUUGCUGUCAAAACAAGAACAACUGGUGUGUAUCGCAACAGACAUCAAUGAAUGCGCAGCUCAGGCGACUCGCAAAACGCUUGAAAGAAAUAGAGUUGUUGGUGACGUCAUCGUCACGGAUCUACUGACUAGUCUGUCUACGCGUUUGUCCGCUCUGGUCGAUGUUUUGCUUUUCAAUCCACCGUAUGUUGUAACCGAGUGUGUACCUGGAUCACGUGGUUUGGAGAGCGCAUGGGCAGGAGGCGAGCGUGGGAGACAUGUGAUGGACAGAGUUCUACCGGAAGUCGACAGAUUGCUGUCGCCCGGUGGUGUCUUCUAUCUUGUUGUCAUUGAAGAGAAUGAUCCCGAUGAAAUAUCGAGUCUACUCGAGACACGCGGUCUGACAGUCAAACGUAUACUGUCAAGAAGGGCUGGACGAGAACGACUCGUCGUACUUAAAGCCAGCAAGCUGAGGGACUUUUAUCACAACUACUUGACAAAUUGACUGAAAUAUAUAGUUAGCUUUGCAAUUUCUGUCGUAAAUGCAAACUUGUACUACGACUGUUUAAUAUAUUAAUCGCCACUCGUUUAAUUAAAUAAAUAAAAAUACAUGAAAUGUGUGAUAAUGUAUGUACAGUAGUGUGUCCAUACACAAGGUGAGCCUUUUCUGGUGCUCCACUACAGUCAAGCACAACUUUGUAAGCAGCUGUGGUCAUGUUGUUACUGUGUUUACUGAUCACUUUCUGGCCAGCUUAUUGCACCCUUACCUAUUCUCUUCACGCUACAGUCACCAUUACCUAUUGCUUCCAGCUUGCCAUUACUGCACAUGAAGUAGACCAACAUCAUGCAACAGAAAGUGAGCACCAAUGGUUCACACUUUUGAUCCAUUCUCUGCAGGCGCGUAA